CUCCCUCCCUCCAGCCAUCCCUCUCUAUCCCUCCCUCUCUCCCUCUCUCUCUCUCUGCUCCUCUCUCACACGCACAAAAUCCUCUGUCAUGGCGUCUUCCAACAAUGUUACUCCCACCAACUGUAGCUGGUGGCCCAUAUCAGCCAUGGACGAAGAUGGCAAAAUCACAGACGGAGAGGAGAGUCACGAGCCCACGAUAGAACACAAGCCAUUCUCCAAAGACAGGCUCGUUCUGUACCACUGGACUCAGUCCUUCAGCUCUCAAAAGGUGCGUCUGGUGAUCAAUGAGAAAGGGUUGCUGUGUGAAGAACGGGAUGUCAGUAUGCCUCUCACUGAGCACAAAGAGCCUUGGUUCAUGAGGCUCAACCUAGGGGAGGAAGUGCCGGUUUUCAUCCACGGAGACACGAUCGUCAGUGACUACAACCAAAUCAUUGAUUAUAUAGAGACCAACUUCAUUGGAGACACAGUAGCCCAGCUGAUUCCAGAUGAAGGAACUCCCAUGUAUGCAAGGGUACAGCAGUACCGAGAGCUGCUGGAUGGGCUGCCCAUGGAUGCUUACACACAUGGAUGCAUCCUGCACCCAGAACUCACAAUCGACUCCAUGAUCCCAAAGUACGCCACUGCUGAAAUACGUAGACAUUUGGCCAAUGCGGCAUCUGAACUGAUGAAGUUGGACCAUGAGGAACCCCAGCUGACAGAACCAUACCUCUCCAAGCAGAAAAAGCUCAUGGCAAAGAUCUUGGACCAUGACAAUGUGAACUACUUGAAAAAAAUUCUUGGUGAGUUGGCAAUGGUGCUAGACCAAGUAGAGGCAGAGCUGGAAAAAAGAAAACUGGAAUAUCAAGGUCAAAAGUGUGAAUUAUGGCUUUGUGGACCUACUUUUACACUAGCUGAUAUUUGUCUUGGAGCCACAUUGCACAGGCUCAAGUUCUUGGGACUCUCAAGGAAAUACUGGGAGGACGGGAGCCGGCCGAACCUGCAGUCAUUUUUUGAGCGGGUGCAGAAGCGCUACGCUUUCCGCAAGGUGUUGGGGGACAUCCACACGACCCUGCUCUCUGCAGUUCUACCCAAUGCAUUCCGAAUGGUAAAAAAGAAGCCGCCGUCCUUCUUUGGUGCGUCCUUCUUAAUGGGCUCUCUCGGGGGGAUGGGCUAUUUUGCCUAUUGGUUUUUAAAAAAGAAAUACAUGUAGUGAAUGUGCUCUUGUAGUGUUUUGUGUCUGUGUAUCUGUGUGACGUUUGAACUUUUCGGUAAUACUGUUUUACGAGAGCAGGAAAAACAAGACAAUAUACAGAGAUUAACACUAUUACUUACUUGGGUGAAUAAUUAAAUAAAUAUAUAAUGAGAACAUUCCAAGACUAGGAAUUCUUCUUAACAGCACCUUCUCUGGUAAUGAAUGCCUUCAUGACUUUUUUUUAUGAUUUACUGGUUUAUUUUAUUCAUGUUAGGCUUGCAUACAGCAUAAUUAUGUUGUGUUGUUCUGUCCAGAUUAUAAACACUACACAUUCUGCCAUUUAGGACACCUGUAGGUGUAGUUGAAGUUGAUUUGGUUAUAUGGCACAGCACAACGGCCAAGUAUAUUAUAUGCAUAAAGCCCAAAAUAAUGUUUAUUAAUCUACCCUGAAUUCUCAAGCAUUCGUAUUUUUGUAUGGGUUUCCAAACACUUUGCACUUCUAAUUUGAAGAAAUUCAAAAUUAUCAGACUAUUCUGCAAAACUUUUCAGCAUUUAGUCAUUCACUUUUUAGUGCAGAUCCCAGCUGAAACACUAUUCAUCAGCAGAAUGCAACACAUCGCUGUUAGCAUGACAAUUUUCUUGUCUGAAACGGUUUGCUUCUGCAUUUGGUGAGAGGAAUCAGUUCUAGCAAACAUUUUAAACGCCUACAUUUUCAGAAUGUUACACUUUACCAAGAAUGCAAAAACCGAAAACACUCAAGAGAACAGAGUGUUCCUCAUAAGACUGCCAAUUCAAGCAUUUUCUUUCCUAUUUAACUGUAUUUUUUCUUUUUGUUUUAUCACUAGAAAAGUUGUCAAAAGUAUACCGAGUCACAUGAUGAGUAAAGUUCUUGAAAUGGAGGUGGUAUAGAAAUGUGAAUGUCAAGUUCCAGUUCUGAGCAUAAAAGAUAAUGCGAUAUUUAAUAUGACAGCAAACACACCUUGAUGUUCAAUAGAAAAAUUAGACUUAUAAUAAAAAUCAAAUGGUCAUUUAAAGUAGUAUAUCCAUUUUACGCAUUCCACUGUUUAAUUUAAUGGGUUUAUAACCAGACAAUGAUAGGUUUUUCUUUCUUUGUUUUCCAGUAAUGUUCACUUAUACAUUUAAACUCAGCUUGACUUAGAAAAAACUGUGAGAGACCAUUAACACAAGAAAUUAUUUACAUUAUAUGAGAGAUCUAUACCACCUCAUACACAAGCCAUAUACAACUGUGAAGAUGCAUUAAUACUCUAUGAUUUCAUUUUAUGUACUGCUGUUAGUCAUUUUCAAUACUAUAACUACAACAAAUGUACAGUACGAUGUCUGAGAUUAAUUUCUCAGCACCUCAAAACUCAGAAAUUUCCUUGAUCUGGAAUGUUUGUUGUAAAGUGGCGAACCCUACUCUAAAACUGAAUGACUGAAAGUUAAAUUAAUACAUAAGAAAUAUAUUGAUAUCUGUGGUCAUUAGACUUCACAAUAGAUUUUUUUAUUUUGUAAUUUUUAUUUUUAUAUUUUUAAAAUAUGCAUUUAUUUACAGUGCUUUCUAAGAUGUUUGUUCAUGAGCCUUAAUUUGUUCAGUUGCCAUCGAUUUCAAUAAAUGAAAA